AUGAAUGCAGUAACUCUCUGUAACCACAAUAUUAACUUUAAUAUUCAGCAUCAUUUCUCAGCGUCCGUGAAUCCCAAUUGGCCCAAAUCCUCUUCAAUCCGUCGCAGAAACCCUAACACCGCUACUAGGCCUUCAUCUUUGGUAAUCGAGACAGUGGAGGGCAAAGCUGUUUCAGAUUCUGAACAAACUCCUCCAUACGUUGCUCGUCGCCUCAUUCUGCUUCGUCAUGCUAACAGUUCCUGGGAAGACCCUUCGCUAAAAGAUCAUGAUCGGCCACUGAGUGAAACGGGACAAGCCGAUGCUGUCAAAGUCUCUCAUAAGCUCCAACAGUUGGGUUGGAUCCCUCAACUUAUUUUAUCUAGCAAUGCAGUGCGAACCAGGGAAACUCUUACGAUAAUGCAGCAACAAGUGAGAGGCUUCUUGGAAGCUGAGGUCCAUUAUAUUUCAAGCUUUUAUUCCAUCGCCGCCAUGGAUGGGCAGACAGCUGAGCACCUUCAACACGUUAUCUGUAACUAUUCAAGGGACGACAUCCUCACUGUCAUGUGCAUGGGACAUAAUAGGGGUUGGGAGGAGGCAGCCUCAAUGUUCACAGGUGCCUCCAUAGAACUGAAGACUUGCAACGCUGCUUUGCUUGAAACUACUGGGAAAUCUUGGGAUGAGACUGGGAAAGUAAAAAAGAAGAAGAAAUCCUUAAAGACAGAAUUCACAAGUAGAGUAGAGGAAGAGGAUUUUCUAAGUUUCUCUCCCCAUCCCCCGCCCUUCCUGCCUCUCAUUCUCUUGAUGAAGAAAACCGUAAAGAGGGGAUGGGAAUUUUUAAGAAGGCAGAGUGGCUCCAAAUCGGAAUUGGCAUUCAUUACUAAGAAGAACACUGGUGGCAUUAGCAGCAUUUUGUCCCAUUACCAUCAUUCACAGCAGCCAUAA